CCGCCUCCGGCCUCCGCACCCGCACUGACAGGGCUCGACCCACUUCGCUACCCGGCGGGCGAACCAAUGUCAACAAGCCCGCCGGCACGCUUGCCGUUCGUGCGUUCCGCAGCCGCCACCCCGCGACUCCUUCUCCUGAUCUCCCCAGCCGUGCCGAGUAGCCAACCAACCUACCCCCACCCACCGCCGAUCCCCUGCCCCGGCGAGUCAUACAAAUAUGGAGCUCCGCCUCCGCGCCCCGGUGUCCCGCGCUUCCGCUUCUCCGCGCGGCACGGCGGUCUCCCCCAGCCCCAGGCCGCAUCCGCGCCUGCCCUCACAACCCAUUCAGAAGCGAUUCGCCGGCAGCGCCGUCUCCGUCUCCAGGCGAGGCACUGCGGCAAGGAGCAGCCCGUGUUCCGCCCUGAUGACGGCGUCAUACAACACAGGAACUCCGGACCUGGUCGACUUCGACUGGGAGGCUCUUGGAUUUCAAUUGGUCCCGACAGACUUUAUGUAUAUAAUGAAAUGUUCGUCAGAUGGGGUGUUUACCAAGGGUGAAUUGGUUCCGUAUGGGCCAAUUGAGAUGAACCCCGCUGCUGCAGUUUUAAAUUAUGGCCAGGGAUUGCUCGAAGGUCUUAGAGCACACAGAAAGGAGGAUGGUUCAGUAAUUGUUUUUCGCCCUGAGGAAAACGCGUUGCGGAUGAGGAUAGGUGCAGAUCGGCUAUGCAUGCCUGCACCAAGCGUUGAGCAGUUCCUAUCAGGUGUCAAGCAAACUAUAUUGGCAAACAAGCGUUGGGUACCCCCCACUGGCAAAGGUUCUUUAUAUAUCAGGCCGCUGCUGAUUGGAAGUGGAGCUAUGCUAGGUGUAGCACCUGCUCCGGAGUAUACAUUUGUCGUGUAUGUUUGCCCAGUUGGUCACUAUUUCAAGGAUGGCCUGUCUCCUAUUAGCUUAUUGACUGAGGAAGAAUAUCACCGCGCUGCACCUGGUGGAACUGGUGAUAUUAAGACAAUUGGAAAUUAUGCUUCGGUUGUUAGUGCUCAGAGAAGAGCCAAGGCGAAAGGUCAUUCUGAUGUUCUUUACUUGGAUCCUGUGCAUAAGAAGUUUGUGGAGGAAGUUUCUUCCUGUAAUAUAUUCAUGGUGAAGGAUAAUGUUAUUUCUACUCCACUAUUAACGGGAACAAUUCUUCCUGGAAUCACAAGAAGAAGUAUAAUUGAAAUUGCCCGAAAUCUUGGAAUCCAGGUCGAAGAGCGCCUUAUUGCGAUAGAUGAGUUGCUUGACGCGGAUGAAGUCUUCUGUACAGGGACUGCCGUUGUACUAUCACCUGUUGGUUCCAUAGUGUACCACGGAAGAAGAGUGGAGUAUGGGGGCGGGAAGGUCGGAGCGGUGUCCCAGCAACUGUAUUCGGCACUCACAGCUAUCCAGAAAGGCCUUGCAGAGGACAGUAUGGGAUGGAGUGUGCAAUUGAAUUAGCAGCUUUAUCAUCUGGAUGGUCUCUACGAGCUCCUCGGCAUGAAAACAAUGCAAAAUCACUUGACUCUGUGUCAGCAACUUUUCCAGAACGUAGAAUAGAGCAAUUUCCCUGUGAAGAUAGCAAGAGGUACACACACAAGAUAGCAUCAAGCUGGAUCAAAAGAUUAAUAAUAAUGAAUAAAUAGCUGUUGUUUUUUGUCAUUCUGUUUCCCAGGAGGACUGAUUACACUUUGAGUGUAUAUAACUCUACCGUACACCCAUGACACAUAAUUAUUUGUUGCACCAACUGGGUUCA